CUGCAGCGUCCUGGCAUCUUUUGAAUAACCCACAGCGAACCUGACAAGCUUACGGUAGCUCAGCACGCGAAUAUUUACUUGGCAUCCAGGCGCAUUCCUUUCUCAAUCCUUCACGAUGUCCGCUCCUGGUGGCCGCUUCACGCACCCGUGGCUCGCGCCUCUGCCUCCUGGCCGCGCCCGCGCUUACGACCUCAUCUACAAGGUUUGCGCCACUGCGCUGAUUGCUGUCUCCGCUUACACCUUCGUGGAGGUUGGACGUGGUACCUACUACGUGAUGCACUCCAACCGCGCUCGUCGCGCGGCCGACGCCGAGCAGGCGCCGGAGUCUCGCAGCCAGUGAGCCUGCACACGGCGGCUGCGGCGCAGACCUGCAGCCGCGAGCAGUGACCGACAUACUGCAGCGCGAGUGCAUCAUUCUAGGGCAGACAUGGCAGGGCUCGGCAUGCGGUGCACGCGUGCAUAGAGAGGAUAAGUCAGGAAGGCCGGCAUAGGGCAGCUAGCCCAGCAUAGUAGCACCAGCAGUAGCGACAGCAACAGCGGGCUUGAAGCAGCGCGUGCGCCACGCCGACGUCCAAAUGUUAGAGAUGCGGUCCGCUGUGCUGGUCAGACUCAACGGGUCAGCGCAACAAGUCAGCUCGCGCGCAGGGUGGGGGAUAGCCAGGUCCACAACGCGGCGGCAUCAAGUGGCGCGGCUGCGGCUCUGCCGCAGGACAGCGGUAACGCCUGGGGGCAGUAGUGGUGGCACCGAUGACAGCGACAGCACGGACGCAUUCGAGGCCGCGGGCGCGCCGCCGGCCUGGCGCGAGCGGCUGCAGCCAGGAGUCCAGUGGAAGGUGCAGUGGCAGGUGGGCGCCGGCGCCGCGCCCAGCAGCACCAGCGCCAGCCCCGCAGUGGGCGGCGCGCCGGGCAGCCCGCAACCGCCCGCAGCCGAUUCUGGCCCUGAAUGCAGCUCUGGGGCCAACUCGGGCGGCCCAAAUACCGACUUUAAGUCCAGCUUUAAGUGGACGCGCUUCGACCGCGGCUCAGCCGUUCGCGCGGCGGCGCUGGCGGACUCUGGCUGGGAUGAGGCUACGUUCGAGACUCGUCUGACUGACCUGGCCGCCGUGCUCCCCGACCUGCGCCGCCGGCUGCCGGAGCUGCCGCUGGCGGUGCUGCUCGCGGCGCUGCGCAACCCGCGCGCCGCGGCGGCGCAGGUCGUGACGCUGAAGGCAGCGCUCCCAGGCCUGGACGUAGGCGCGCUGAUGCUGUGCCACCCGCCGUUCAUGGACCCGGAUGCCUGGCCGCCGGCGCGCCUGGCGGCGGGCGCGGCGCAUGCAGCUGCGGUGCUGGGCGGGCAGGUCGCGGCGGAGGGCGUGCUCCAGUGGUACCCACCGCUGCUGGACCCAGAGCUGCUUGACGGCAGCGUGGCGCAGCUGCGGCGGCUGGUGCCACAGCUGGUUAACAGGCACCUGCCACCUGUAGGGAUGGCGGCAGCGACAAACACAGAGGCGGCCCUGGAUGAGCAGCUAGGUGGCAAAGGCCAGCCGCGGGGGACCCCUGCUGGGGCCAGAAGCAGGAACGAGCCGGAUUCAAAAGAGCUGGUGCAUUUGCUAGGCAUAGUCAUGAAGAGAGCUGCGGGGGAGGAGGGUGGAGAGCGAGGCCCGGCGCCAUGGUGGGAGGCCCCAUUUUAGCAGCUCUCCAAGGGGCGUGUGCGAUACCAUCCAGCAAGACACGAUACUCUGCUACUCAUGUAAAUGCAUACACGC